AUGUCAGCAGAGCAAUUCUCGAAGCUCUCUCUUGGAGAGGACAUGGUUACAACUCGUGCUGGGGCCGCAAGGGCAGCAAGAGCUAGUGCACAGUCAUCAGAUCACUCUGACCAAGAUCAGCCCCUACCGUCAGUCGAGUCGACCGUUUCGCCUACGCCUUCCCUGGUUAUAUCGACGAAGAAUCUCCACUACAAUGUUUCGGCUUUCGAUACCGACCUACGAAGACGGGCCAAGAAGGGACUAGAAGGCAGCGAGAUUAGGUUGAAGUACUGCGCAGUCUCGGAAGAUGAAUACAGUCCGGGUGGUAGUCCAAAGAAAUUCUUCCAUCUUGAGGACGAUAUCACCGUGGCGAUGGGUGGAAGGUUAAGGAGGCCAGAGUGUACAUGUGGUGCCAACGAGAAAGGCCUCGCAUGUAAGCAUAUCUAUUGGGUUGGAGACCAGAUCAUUUCGACUUCGCCAGACGACAUGGUGAAGACACCACUUCACCUCUCACCUGAUGGCUCGAAAAUCGAAGAUGUGAAGCCUGCUGAAAUACUCGAUACCAAGGGUUUAGCCAACAUCGCCAACGACUUGAAGUGGGUUUACCGAGACGACGACGACCUACCUGAAGACGAUGAUGACCUGAAGGAAACAGUCAUCGAUAUGUUCUCCUGCUUCGAGCCCCGAGAUGCGCUUCCUGGGGAGUUUCGGUAUCCUGAAUCGCCCUUGACUUCAGAACGAUCAAAGAAGUACCAAGAGCUCGCAGAUCUCUUCACGCAGUACGCAAGUAGAGACCCCAGUCUGUACCUUCAGAUGCGCAAGAUCAUCGAUGCAGACUUCGAAAGCCGUGUUUUCUUUGAAAAGGUUGAAAAGCGCAUCGCGUUGACCUUCGAUGCUCUGGAUGAGUACAUUGCCAAAGGACCCAAAACUCUCUCUGAAGGCCCGCCUCGGUUCGAUGUUUCCAGUUGCGCAGAGCAGUUGACCUCACUAGUCGGGGCCAUUGAUGACUUUUACCAUCGCCAGGCUGAUGUCGAGGAUGCAGCUGCACGAGCAGCGAUGGCUCUUGUCACUAUCCUUGACCGUGUCACAGACCGCAAUGUAAAUGCAUACGAAGGCAUUACAUGGAGCGGCAUGGAGGCUUUAUCGGACCCUGUGCAAAGCAACCUAUACGUUGCACUCAUUGGAGCACAAACAGAUGACGACCAUCAAUUUGUACUCGAAGCGCUUGCGUCUUUACCACAAGAAGACGUAUACCGUAACCACUGGACAGUGUUGCAGGAUGUCGAACGCAAGCUGAUUGAGGCUGAUGCGCCUGCUCAUUACAUGAAUCUCUUCCGCAACCUGGUCUAUGAGAACCGUAAAAGGCCAGGGUCGGCGGUACGCGAACGAGAGCCGAAGCGGGCGAUGCAAUAA